AGCCUUGCAAUCCAUGCCGAGGUGAAGGCUGUGCGAGCCUGCGCCCGCGCCCAGCUCCCGGGACACUGCCGGCAAUGCUGCUGAGCAGAACUUGACCGAAUCCUUUCCUCGCUGCUAGUGGAAGCGAUGCUGCACGGCACAGCCAGCGCUUCCCUCGCUCUCCUUCAAGCUGAAGGUUACCCACCCGCGCAGCCAGCCCAAACCCAGUGAGAGGCGCGUCUCGGGUCCCCGCUCCGGCUGCUUGGCGGCGGCGCGCAGGGCAACAACCGGGCCGCCCGCGCCGGGGCGCACUGCACCAGUGGCUUCGGCUUAGUGGAUGUGUAUGCAUGAGUUCUGCACCGAAUGGGCGCAAAAAGCGCCCCAGCCGGUCCACCCGCUCCUCGAUUUUCCAGAUCAGCAAGCCCCCGUUGCAGACUGGGGAUUGGGAGCGCAGGGGCAGCGUCUCCGAGAGCGCCCACAAAACCCAGAGAGCCCUGGACGACUGCAAGAUGCUUGUCCAAGAGUUCAACACCCAAGUGGCCCUGUACCGAGAGUUGGUCAUUUCAAUUGGAGAUGUCUCCGUCAGCUGCCCCUCACUCCGAGCAGAAAUGCACAAGACAAGAACCAAAGGCUGUGAAAUGGCCCGUCAAGCACACCAAAAACUUGCAGCUAUCUCUGGCCCAGAAGAUGGUGAGAUACAUCCAGAAAUCUGUCGGCUUUACAUCCAGCUGCAGUGCUGCUUAGAAAUGUACACAACAGAGAUGCUGAAAUCCAUAUGUCUUCUGGGGUCUCUUCAGUUGCACCGAAAAGGAAAGGAGUCUGGAGGGGGAACCAAGAGUUUGGAUUGCAAAAUUGAGGAAAGUACUGAAGCACCUGCUUUAGAGGAGUCUUCAUCAUCCCCUACAGAUACUCAGCAACAUUCCUGGCAGGUUUCCACAGACAUUGAAAACACUGAAAGAGACAUGCGAGAAAUGAAAAACCUUUUAAGCAAACUCAGGGAAACUAUGCCUUUACCACUGAAAAAUCAAGAUGACAGCAGUCUUUUGAAUCUAACUCCAUAUCCCCUGGUUAGAAGACGGAAGAGAAGGUUCUUUGGGCUGUGUUGCCUCGUUUCAAGCUAAGCAGUUUCUCCUGGAAGCCCACCCUUGGGAAGACCAGAAAAAUCACAGACUCUGAGGACCUCCAGACAGCUGAACCAUAUAGUUAUAGGUUUUUGACUAUGUUUUCUAUGCUCCCCUAUUACUUUUAUCUGCCUCUCCCUUGCCUUUUUCAAUGAUUUUACAUUUGAAAGCAGCUACAGUUAAGAAAAAAAUGAACAAAUUAAAAGAGCAGGCAGUUUUUAAAAAGGACUUUUAAAGCUGACAGUGUGCAUGUCUACUCUAAACCAUACCAUAAGAGAUGCAAGGAUUUAUGAUUUUUAAAUUAUUUAAAGGUUUUUAAAAUGUAUUAUACAGAAAAAAAUGAUUUCAUGUAUAAUAGUCUAUAGCUCUUGCUAGCCUCGUGUUGUUUAUCAUAUAUGAAAGAAGUCUUUAAACAUAAGAAUCUAUUUAAAAUUACAAAAAUGUGCUCAAAUUACUAUCUAUCAAUAUUAUUAGAAAUAAUAUUAUAAUAAAACAUACACCACCUCACUUAUUGCUUUUCUCUGCACUCAUAUACAUUUAGUCUUCCAUUCUGUCUUAAUCUAAGAGCAUCAACAUUAAAAAAAAAAAAAAAAAACACCUUAAUUUAUAAUGCAACAAAACCAUAUAUAAAAAAAUAGUUAAAUUUUGUAAAUACACAAUAAUCUUAAUACCUUCAUAUAAUGCAUAUGACAACAAAUUUCCUUUUGAUCCAAUGGUGUGUUUUUCAGCUUCUUGGAGAAUGAAAUGAUCCAGUUAGAAAAUGGUGUAGUAACAUAUAAUUACCCUCAAAUGUAAAAUUGAAUAUUAUCACAUUAUGUUCUAAUUGAAAUCUGAAGCAUGGUGUCUGCACAUCAGCAUAGUGUUAAAUCUUAAUAGGGCAUGCUGGAAUUAGUUCAGAUCAUAAAAAUAUUUAGCAUUUUACAUUGUUAAUAAUUUUUUUUAGUUAUGCUAAGCUUGUCUCAUUUUAGAUGACUAUGCAGAUAUGACUUUUCCAAUGUGUACUUGGUGUCUUGUCUUAUGCUUAGAAUCUU